AUGGCUGAAGCUUUAAGCCCAACCCACAAGCAGAGGGUUCCGUUCUCCCCCACGAAGAGCCCAUUCUUUAUCGGCUCCAAUGACGACAAACUGGAACGCGCUCAGGCUCGAGCUGCACGCGCCGCCGCCAUCCGGCGCAAGCCGGCCGUCGCCGACAUGUCCGCGUCUUCCAAGGAUGACCCAUGUCUCGGAAAAGAUCAGAUCCUCGAGUUGUUUCAGAACUGCAUCAAACUGGCCAGCGAAAAUAAAAUUAAUCAGAAGAAUACGUGGGAGCUGAAUUUGAUUGAUCAUCUCUGCGAUAUUAUCAAGGUUGAAGAAGAAAAUGACACCGAGACCAAUUUUCAGAAGGCGAGUUGUACCCUUGAAGCUGGUGUUAAAAUUUACUCCAUGAGAGUGGAUUCCGUACAUUCGGAGGCGUAUAAAGUGCUUGGAGGAAUUAAUCGGGUUGGUCAAGAAGAUGAACAAGAUCAUGUUGAUGAAGAUGGCAAUGUCAGUACAGGACAAGGAGAAACUGAUGAAAAGAAAGAGCAAGGGAGAAAGUUGUCGCCAUUGUCCACCCUAGAGUCAUCUUUUGCUGCAAUCAAUGUGAAGAAGUUUGAUGCUGCCUUUGUUGUGGACCCUCUCUACCACCAGACAUCCGCACAGUUUGAUGAAGGUGGAGCAAAGGGACUUUUGCUGAACAAUCUUGGAGUCUAUGGCAACUGCCAGGUCCUCUUUGAUUCCUCGGAAGUGCCUGGAAUGUGUAUGCCUCCUGUGUCUCAAUCUGAGGGGUCAGAGACAAUUGAUUUGUCUUUUGCCCGAGAGUGCAUUGAGCAGAUGGUAUCGAAUAUGCUAAACAAGUCUGAAAUAUCUCCAAGCCUCAGGGCUAUAGUUAGUCAACUUGAAGAUGAUGAUGACCGUAGACGAUUUGAGGCAGAUUAUUCUGGUCAAAUACCUUCAGGGCAAGCCAAUGAGAGUGCUGAAACUAAUGUCGAUUUGGGUGGUGAAGCAUUCGAAAAUUCUGGCACAUGGGAUUUUGAUCAUGAUGACCAAGCAAGCGUAGUUGAUGAUGGGAAUUUUGUUCAGUAUGCUAGUUUCCCAGAUCAGCAGGGAAUUCUGGAUUUGUCUGAUGAACAAUUGAACAUUAAUGACUCUGAUGAGUAUGAUAGAGUUGAGGAAGUUGAUAGCUAUUUGUUCUUAAGUUUGGGAUUUUCAACGAAGCAGAAUGCAUGGGCAGGUCCCGAUCACUGGAAAUAUCGGAAAGUAAAAGAGCCGGAAGCUCCGGAUGUGGAAAAUGGAUCACCAAAGCCUAAGAAAACGAAAAACAAGAAAGCAGAUUUGGAAAUUGAUUUCUCAAAUGCUUUGGACAAUGAUUUGUCGCAUAUAUUUGAUCCUCCAAAGAAUCCAAAGUCCUUGUUGUUGCCUACUAAUAGAGCGCCUUGCAACACAAAGCUUCCAGAAGAUUGUCACUACCAGCCGGAGGAUCUUGUGAAGCUAUUUUUGUUACCUCAUGUUUUGUGCCUUGGAAAGAGUAGAAGGAAGAAAAGUGAUGAAGAAUGUCAUCAAAGGGAUGAGUAUGGAGCCACAGCGUCUUGGGAUGAUGACAAUGGCUUUGGUGGAGAUUUUGACGAUGGAUUUGCCGCCAAUAGUGACAUUGAGGAUCCUAGCACGCUUGUUUCUCAGCCUCGACAGGUAAACAAGAUUGAGGUUCAGUACGAUAAGACAUCGAAACAAGUUGAUGUUCACGCACUAAAGGAGACGCUUUGGGACCAUAUGCAGCAAUCCGAUCAAAAUUUAGCCGAGGAAGAUGCACCAAGAGGAACUGUUUCUUUCAAGCAGGUCUUAGCCAGUUUUCCAAAUGCCUGUCGAGCAGCAGCAUCCAUUAACGACAUCUCACCACAUUUGUGCUUCAUAUGCUUACUGCAUUUAGCCAACGAGCACGGACUGCAAAUCCUGGGCUGCCCAAGCAUGGAUGAUCUGAGCAUACAUCUUAAACCUUAA